UCGCGUGUCACCGGUUUCUUUUAGUAUUCCAGUCGUUAACUUCGUCUCGUCUCGUCUCGUCUCGUUGGCUAAAGCGCAUAUGUUCAUUUCCCCAAUUCCACAAAUUCCAGAUCAACACACCAAAACAUCCCCCAAAUUCCUUCUUUUCCGACGAUUCUGUUUCUUUUUUACCAACCAGCGUUUCGAGCUCUCCUUCCUCACUCUUCAUCUUCUUCUUCGCUCGGCUCAGUCUAGAUAGGGUUUCGAAGAAACAGAAGAGCAUCACAGAAAUGGAUUGGGGCAACGUUACGGCCGAGGAUCUGAUCGACGCACUCCGCGAAGUGGAUUGGUCUUCUCCGCCUCGCCCUCUCUCUGAAUUCUUCUCCAAGUUCACCGUCCCCAGAUCCUCCUCCAAAUGGAACAGCCGCCUCAAAUGCAAUCUCUACUACUACAGGACCAACUACUUCCUUUUGAUCAUUUUCGUUCUUGGCUUGGCUUUUCUUCGGAGGCCGCUUGCUAUUGUAGCUGCUCUUCUUACGGCACUCAGCAUUGCGAUUCUUAAUGACAGCUUUGCAGGUACUUUUAGUGAGAAAGUAUCGAGAACUGUGAGACAAUUCUCUCCACAUUUGGCUGCAAAGAUGAGACCUCCUCUUACGCCUGUAAUUCGUGGACGUCCAUCAGCUAAAAGAGCAAUAUUCAUAUGUGGCCGGCCUCGCUGGGUGUUUGUCUUCUUAUUCUCUUCUGUGAGUUUCUUUCUAUGGUUUGUUUCCUGUGGUCUUUUAACUGUACUGUGGGCACUCGCCUUUGGACUGCUUGCCACUCUGUUGCAUGCAAGCUUCAGAACACCUAACUUGAAAGCACGCCUGAACACUUUCCGUGAGGAAUUUCGUGCAGUGUGGCGCAACUAUAGUGAGCUGUAGCUUACCUGUAGCUCCUAAGAUGCUUUGUUUUUCUAUUUAGGCAUUGUGCUGUUGAUUGGGAAUCUCAUACAAGUUGUGGUUCUUAACUUGAGCUUGGAUGUGGCUGCUUUAAAAUAAUAUUGGCUGGAAUGAAACUCUUGUGACUCGGGUAAGCUGCCUACCUUUGCAAAUCAACAGCAGGAUGUAAAUCGUGAUGAACAUUGUUUAUGUAAAGGAAAUUGCUUCUUUUCGCUAUCCGUAUUUGUAAGAAACAGUGGAGGAAUUUAUUAUGUGCAGUAGUGUGUAACAUUCUUAGAAUAUAUGGGCAUGUGUUUUAUCAUGCCCCCUCUGCUUGUCUCUGCCUUUUAAUAGAAGGUGGUGAUUUAGUUGCUGCAUGAGUUAUAUUAUCUUAAGUUAUGCCUGUGAAUUAUGCCUGCGAAUGAUAUUGUAUUGUAUAUGGGUUUUAUUCGGGUCAAGGUA